AUGGCUUCCCAUCAAGGUUGUAGCGUACAACAUCGAAAAUAUUCCACAGACAAAGUGUGUGACCUGGAAGGUAACAACAUGCCUGACAUUUCAGUUAUGCCUGCGCUAGACUCUCGCUCACUAGACGUCCAAGCCCGCCGAAAGGGAACUUGGAUAACGAAGUUCCGUAGCCAUACACGUGAAUUUUGGGCGGAAUUUUUUGGAACUGCAGUGUUGGUUCUGCUCGGAACGGCCGUCAAUCAUCAAGUCACCCUGGGUGGGUCUACCAAUGUUGCCCCAAGUGAAAGGGGUAGUUGGACUACCGUAUCAGUGCUCGUUCUUAGUAUGCUCGGUGUGGUUGUCUCUGGAGGUAUCAGUGGAGGACACAUCAAUCCGGCUGUGACUCUAACUCAAGCAUUACUACGGGGAUUCUCUUGGAAAAAAGUACCUCUUUACUGGUUGGCCCAAUUCACUGGCGCAUUCUUUGGAGCAGGGGAGGAACCCACAUACGGACGAUUAAUAAAACCGGAGGCCUGUACUUCACGAUUCUUGAUGUCCUCGAUAUUGAUGAUGUUUAUUGCCAGUGUUGCUAGCGGAGAUGCCGGGAACAUGGCCCCUCCAAAAGGAAUCAGUCCCUUUAUCAUACUAUGGGUGGUCUUUGCUCUGGCGUCUACUCUUGGAAUGCAAACCUCCUUCGCCUUGAACCCCGCUAGGGAUAUCGGACCCAGACUAGUCACUUGGGCCGCCGGAUAUGGGAGUGAGGUUUGGCGAAUCAGAUCAGGCAAUGUCCGUCUUCCACUUCAUUCAGCUACUGGUUCUGGUGUGCAACUUUGGCGCCCGUCUGGCAAGUUGAAUUUCGCUAUCCUUUCCGAUAGUGGAACUUUCGUUGGGUGCUUGAUCUACGAUUGUUGCAUUGGAACCGAUGUUGUCGAGAGUCCUUUACAUAACCCUAGCGCCUCCGGAUUCACUGGACGCCUCCGAGGACCGCCCCCUGCUCAUGAGACUCGCACCAGUGGUUCUGGUAACAUCAAGACUACUGGUGACAGUGAUUAA